UCUUCCCGGCGGCCGUAGCGAGCCGUCCGCCGGCGGAGACCUCGCCAGUUAUAUGUUCCUCCCCCGCCUGCUCCCCGCGCACCGCCUCCUCGCCGGCGGCACCCUCCCGCUCCUCCUCCCCCGCCGCAGCCUCCUCGCGCUCCGUCCGGCCGCCCGUGCCGUCGCCAUGUCCUCCUCCUCCCCAGCCCCCGCCCGCAGGGGCACGCUGCGCGGCGUGGUGUUCGACAUGGACGGGACCCUGACUGUGCCCGUAAUCGACUUCCCGGCCAUGUACCGCGAGGUGCUCGGCGGGGAGGCGGCCUACGCGGCGGCGCGCGCGGCGGGCGGGGGCGCCGUCGACAUCCUCCACUGCAUCGAGUCCUGGGACCCCGACGAGCAGCGCCGCGCCUACGAGGCCAUCGCCAGGUUCGAGCGCGACGGCCUCGACCGCCUCCAGAUCAUGCCCGGGGCCUCCGAGCUCUGCGGGUUCCUCGACGCCAGGCAGAUCAGGAGGGGUUUAAUCACACGCAAUGUGAAGGGAGCUGUCGAUUUGUUUCACCAAAGGUUUGGUAUGAUGUUUGUGCCUGCAUUGAGCAGAGAAUUCCGCCCCUAUAAGCCAGAUCCAGCUCCAUUGCUUCACAUUUGCUCCACUUGGAAACUUCCACCAAACGAGGUGAUCAUGGUUGGGGACAGCCUCAAGGAUGAUAUUGUUUGUGGAAAGAGAGCUGGUGCUUUCACUUGCCUACUUGACGAAACAGGGCGAUAUGGCCCCCACGAUUCUUUGCCUGAAGAUGUUAAGCCUGACUUCAUGGUUUCUUCACUCUCUGAAGUAUUAUCCAUGUUGGAGGAGCAUUUCGAUUUGGAUCCGGUGUUGUCUGCUGACAGUAGAAUAUGACAUGAAUGGUUUUGUAAGCUGUCUUCCGAGUGAGGAAACAUGUUUGUACACCUUAAUGUAAUACGGUACAUGUCGAGAAGUAUUGGUCGGUUUAUCUGAAUACUAAUGUAGGUUGGAAGGUUAUGACAGCCAGAAAAGAAUUCUUUAGAUUCUCCGCUUCAAA